CAGUUACACUACGUCACAGGUACAUUUAACUGUUAUUUUAUUAAAGUAGGAUAUAAUUAGACAUUUAUUUUAUCACUUUAAGGAGCCGAGUGAGAUUAAUAAACUUUAUAAAUAUUUAGUUAUUGUGUGAUUUAACUCAAACACACACUAAUGUACCGGUGUUAGCUGGUAUAGCUGGUAGUUCUCCACCGGGCCUCUCAGAGUUUCUCCCCGGGCUAGGAGCGUCUUUCUCCGGGUAGAUGGGAGUCGACGGGCCGCUGGAGGAGCCGGGGCUGCCGGAGGAGCCGUUGGGAAGGCGGGUUUCCUGCGGAGAGGAACGGGCAACGGUCCGAUACGUGGGGCCGGUACCACCGACAGCAGGGCUGUGGCUCGGUGUAGAGUGGGAUAAUCCAGAGAGAGGAAAACAUGACGGCAGCCAUGAAGGAGUCGUUUACUUCACCUGCAGACAUCCUAAAGGCGGCUCCUUCGUCCGGCCGGCCAAGGUGAGCUUCGGCGUUGACUUCCUGACCGCCGUGCGCCGGCUGUACCACAUCGAUACGGAGGAAGUGCUGAGCGAGGAAAUCUCCAUCUCCUCCAAGACGCUGGAGUGGGGGAAGAUCAAAGAGAGAAGUUUUGAGAGUCUUCCUUCGAUGCUGCUGAGUCGCUGUGAGGUGAACGGAGCCGGAGAGAGCGGAGACAUCCAGAGAAACACUCCCAACGUGCGAUGGCUGGAUCUGAGUCGGACUCUUCUGAGUUGCUGGGAAGACGUAGCGGCCGUCACGCAGCAGCUGCAGCAGCUGGAAGGACUUCAGCUCAGCUACAACCGGCUGUGUUUGACCUCUGACCCCUCGGCCCUCCGCCAGGCCUUCAGCAGCCUCAAGGUCCUCGCUCUGAUUGGCUGUGACCUCACCUGGGCUCAGGUGCUGGAGCUCAGCCAGAUGUGGCCUCAGCUGGAGGAUCUGUGUGUGGAAGAGAACGACAUCACUGAGCUGCAGAGACCGGAGGGAGUCCUGCAGUCUCUGAAGAGUCUGAGUCUGUCCAAUAAUCCUUUAAAGGAGGACAGCAUGCUCAGUAUCGCUGCUCUGCCCAGACUGGAGCAGCUCAACGUGUCAAACACCGGACUGUCUGUUAUCCGAUUCGAUGACGUUCCUCCUGGAUCUCAGACAGCCAUGUUUCCUGCUCUGAAGAUUCUCAACCUGGACAACAACAACAUCACUGAGUGGUCGGUGGUUGACGAAUUAUCCAAAUUAAAAAGUUUAGUUCAGCUUUCGUGUCGCAGCAACCGGCUGGUCAGCAGUGAUGGAAAUGUCAAAACAGCCAAUCAGCUGCUCAUCGCCAAACUGGGACAACUGGUCGUCCUCAACAGCUGUGAGGUCCACGCUGAGGACCGGAGGGGGGCGGAGCUCGACUACAUCAAGAUGUUUGGGGAGGAAUGGUUGAAGGCAGGGGGGCGGAGUCAGGUCAGCACCCAGUUCACCUGUCAGCACCCUCGUUACCUGAGCCUCAUCGACAAGUAUGGAGCUCCAGAGGAAGGCGAGCUGAAGAAGCAGCAGCCGUUUGCUCUCAAGAAUCAGCUGAUAAAGAUUAUGUUUGUGUUUCCUGAUGACGCCGACCGGAAGCCGAUUGAGAAGAAACUUCCAGCCUCCAUGGUUGUUCAGAAGGUGAAGGGACUCCUGUACAGACUGCUGAAGGUUCCUGCAGCAGAUCUGAAGCUCACCUACACCAGUCCCAAGAUGUUGGGGACAGAGUUUGAGAUCGACAGCGACCUGAAGACUCUGCAGUUUUACUCCAUAGAGGACGGAGACCAGAUGUUGGUCCGCUGGUCCUGACCUGAGCAGCAUCAGAGACUUCCAGGACUGAACCUCAGCUGUUAGACUGACGUUGUCCCUCUGUGUCUCUGCUGUAGAGGACACACAGACUCACACUGAGAGGUGGAUUCACUUCUAAAUGACUGAUGACGACUUUAAAACUACAAACAUAGAAUAAUUUGUGGCUUUUCUUCAGGACUGCGCUUACAAUCACACACGGAAAUGAACUUAAGCUUUAAAAGAGUCAUUUAAUGAAUUAACCAGUAGACUUUUCACGCUUAACUUAUCAAUGUUUGCUUUGGUUUACGUUUGUUCAGUUAAAUUUAGAAGUGUUAGAAGGCAGAUUCAGACUGAGCUGUGACACAGGAGUGCCUUGUUAUUAAUUUAUUACCAUUAACUGACAUGAGCUGAGCAACUAUGUCAAAGUCAGUAAUGUUUCCAACCAACUAAUUUUCACUUUGCGCAUAAAAAAACUGGAAUGGAAACGCCAGAAAUUCAGAAAAAAAAGUCAGAAUAUCAAAUGUUAAAAGCCUUGAUGAAUAAAUGAUGAUGUAUGUGAAUCAUGUGACGAUGAGGAGACUGUAACUGACAGAAACGUCGUAUUCCCAUCAUGUUUUCCAUCAUUUGAGCUUCGACUGACGCUCUUUAACCCUUUAUUGGGCAAAUAAUUAUAUUUGGUAACUUCUUUAAAUAUCCCAAAAUAUCCUUCCUUCCUUCCUUCCUUCCUUCCUUCCUUCCUUCCUUUCCUUCCUCCCUGCCUUCUUUCUUCCCUUCCUCUUUUCCUUUCUCCCUCCCUCGUUCCUUAUUUCCUCCGUCCUUCCUUCCUUUCCUUCCUUCCAUCUGUUCUUCCUCCCUCUCUCCUUCUCUCCUCCCUUCCUUCUUUCCUUCCUCCGUCUUUCCUUCCUUCCUUCCUGUCCUUCCUUCCAUCUGUUCUUCCUCCCUCCCUCCUUCUCUCCUCCCUUCCUUCUUUCCUUCCUCCAUCCCCCUUUCUUCUUCCUUCCUUCCUUCUUUCUUCCCUUCCUCCCUCCCUCCUUCUCUCUUUCUUU